CGCUGUGCUGUGACGAACGCACAUUUCGGUCAUCGAGGAGGAGAAUGAAGGUGAAAGAACGAAGGAUCAGCACGGAUUCGGAUUUGGCAAAGUCGAUUGAAGACGUUGCCAAACAUGAGCAAACAGACGCGGUAACGUGACUGCCUUGUUCGAAAUAAUUCGUCUCUUCCAAGUUUUACCACCGUAACCGUGACCAUUUCGAAAUGUUUCCCAAGGGGAAUCGUUUUCCGCCCGCAAAACCGUCUCAGGUGCCGGGUCCCAACGCAUACGAUGUUCACGACCCAGAAUAUGACACUUACAAACGCGGUGCAUUUCUAGAGAAGACCGACCGUUUCAAAGCCAAGGGUUCAGAUGUUCCAGGACCAGAUGCGUAUAAUACGGAGACCAAAAUGACCGCAGCAAAAUUAUUUUCGAAUACCAAGACAUCCUCUGAUCGUUAUGCGGUUCUGCAAAGGAAAGUAGAGGAGUUAGAGAGGUUGUACGCGGAGGGCAAGAAGUCGCAUGCCUUGGAAGUUGAUCGUCUAAAGUCGGAGCUCAGUCGCGUCCAGAGAACCAAUGCUGAACACUCAGACCGCCUGGACAAAUUCAAGAAGCAGAACGAAUCUCUGGAAUCCCGUCUCCAAGAGACCAAGAAAGCGCACGACUCAGGACAAUUCGAAAUUAAAGAUCUCCGUGCAAAGUUACGCAUAUCCGAGCACGAGCGUAACCAGCUAGCUUCUAAACAAGGCGAUCUAGGAGAAACAAAGAAAGCUUUGCAAGCUCUGGAUUCGAAACGCCGUGACGAGCUUCGCGAAAGGGAUAGGAAGGUAGCAGAACUGGAGAAAGCAGUCGCAGCCGAGAAGAAGAAACGUGAACUACUGGAAACGAAGCUUUUCGGAAUCAAUGCGAAGACAGACUCUGAGUUGCAGGCUGCGAAAGAUGCAACCAAGUUGUUGGAGGUAGAGCUCAAAGAGACCAAAGCAGAAGCUCAGAAGGCGAAAUCAACUUUAACCGCAUUGCAAGAUCAGGCAGCUGACACAGAAGACGAGCUCCUUACUCAGCUCGAGCAGCAUCGACUUGUGCUCUCGCGUGUCGCUGAAGAAUACGGUCGUCUGGCCUCCUCCACUGUCUCGAAGAUCAAAUACGAUCAACUCGUAUCAGAGAGCGCUGUGAAGCAACUCCGCAUCGUUCGUCUGGAGCGCAAGUUAGCCAACUCGGAGGGCCAAGUCACCGAACUCGCUCACCUCAUCAGGACGACAAAAGACGAUAAUGUCUUCUUGUCUCAGCAGCUUCGCGAAGCCCAAUACGAAAUUGGUGUCUACUCUUCGUUGUUGAAGGACGCGCGAGAUGUACCCCCGAACGCGCCGUUCGACGCGUCCUUGUACGAGGAACUAGCAUCUUGCCGCUCGGAACUCCAGAAAGAUGAUUUGGAAACACAGCAAGCAAUCGCGAACGUUCUUGUGUCGUGGUCGCACUUGGACCGACUUAGGGUUGAGGAACUCCUCUUACACUCCUCUUCACUGUUGAAGCAUGUAGACGACCGCGAUGCUCAACUAAAGGCUCAAUCCAAGCAACUCUCUGUCUCCGCAGCUCGACAAGGAGAACUCCAGCAUACCAUUUCGUCUUUGCAUACCGAGCAAGAACGCCUCCAAACACAACUCUCGGAGACCGUAUCAGCUUUGGCAGUAGCUCAGAGUGGGUCAUUGCGCCUCAAACAGCGACUUGAAGAAACCGAGGCAUCUGCUAAGGCAGAGAGAGAGAAACUGCAGCGCAUGGCAGCCCAGGAGAAACAGAUUGCUCAGAAGCUCGCAAUCAGUGUCCAAGAAGCCAAAGCCGCUGAGGCAGCUCUCGUAGCUGAUAUCGAACAGUUGACUGCGGACUUGGCCGAAGCCGAGAGAUACCAAGAAGCGUAUACGUCCUUGGUCGAAGAGGUUGACGCGCUUAUACAACGGAACGCACUUGCUGAGGAUGAAGCUCAACGUGUCAGCAGAUUCAAUGCUGAGAUCUUGGGCCAUCAUAAUCCUGCGCAGAGGAUCAUGUACGUCGACCGGAUUCGACGAGAGUUAUUCGAGACUAAACAAGUGAAGCCGCUUCGUGACUGUCAAAUUUCACGUUUGCUGACACGAUCUAUUGACAGGACCUCCUAAUGACCACGCGAGACCGAGAUGCAGUCAUCAACGAGAACGAUGCCUUGCGACAUGAACUGUUUCUUUAUAAGUCCGUCGCUGUUCAUCCUGAUGAUAAGCCCAAGACGACGAUCACCCGGGUCACCCGGAUUCCCCUGGGAAUGCAGAACAUGAACGUCAAGUCCACCAGUACCAGCAGGUCUGCAAGUGGGACUGGAAAGCUUGCGAGCAUGCCAGAGGCGGAGUACAAGGAGGGCGAUAUGACCGUUGACGAGAUUCUGUAACAAGGGACUGAUUCCUGUGAUAUACUUAUACCCCCACCGUGACAUUGCUUGAUUUGUUUCAUUUCUGUUUUUAUUUCUAUAUGUGUUUUGUAUGGCGAGGUAAAAGCAUAUAAAGAUGAAAGAACUAAAAAGCGAGGGACGAUCAAUCCAAAACUGCGUAAUGCUUCAGGUGGUCGGGUAUUGCGUCCUGAAGACCCUUGGAUUGUAGCCACUUCUUCGAGAAGAGUCGGCUCUGGUAGCGGUAAGCGCCGUCGCAGAGGAUUGUCGCAAUAGUUUUCC